AUGACUUCUUUCCAAAGGGGCGGUGGGCGUGGUUUUAUUAAACCCCGCCCCUUCAAAGCUGAGCGGCGGGCGCGGCUAGGAGAGGCCCUUCCCCCAGGAAUGACCACGCCUCUUUUUUCCCCUUCCUCCAAUCCCGAGCGGUGGGCGUGGUUUGUGAAAGCCCUGCCCCUUAUUCCUCCGCGUCAUCUGUUGCUAGGCGGUCGGCAGAGCCUCAGCAGCCAUGGUGGGAGACCCUCUCCUCAGGGCCCUGGCAUCCAGGGGCGGCUGAAGGGCCCCACGUCCAUCCGUCUGUCCACCCAUCCUUCGGAGGAUCCCUCCACGUCCGCCAUGGACCACAGCCCCACCACGGGGGUGGUGACGGUGAUCGUGACGCUGAUUGCGGUGGCAGCACUGGGGGCCCUGAUCCUGGGCUGCUGGUGCUACUUGAGGCUGCAGCGGCUGAGCCAGUCGGAGGACGAGGAGAGCAUCGUGGGCGAAGGAGAGGCCAAGGAGCCCUUCCUCAUGGUCCAGUACUCCGCCCGCGGGCCCUGCACCGAGAGGAAGACCCGCCUCAGUGCCCCCGGCCCCAAUGAGCAACAUGCCUAAACCUGGGGACCCCUCUGAAAACCACUCGCCUCUGUCAGUCAUUUAUCGACAACUCAAUGCCCUG